AGGCUCGUUUAAGCAAUAUACAGUGAAUCGACUAUCGCGCACUUGAAGCUGGUAUUUCUGUGAAGAAAUCCAGAGAGGGCCUUGUUUGGGUUUGUGUGCUUUUCUAGGUUAGAACAUCUUUUCAGUUUAUAAUGGGAAGAAAAAAGAACAAGAAAGCGAUGAAACCUUGGUGUUGGUAUUGUAAUCGUGAAUUUGAUGAGGAAAAAGUGUUGGUAUACCACCAGAAAGCCAAGCACUUCAAGUGUAACUUUUGCUACAAGAAGCUGUUCACUGGGCCAGGACUAGUCAUACACUGCAUGCAGGUUCACAGGCAACAAGUAGAUUCUAUACCAAAUGCGCUUCCUGGACGUAAUGAUAUUGAGAUUGAAAUCUAUGGCAUGGAAGGCGUUCCAGAAAAGGAUAUUGAGGAGAGAAUGAGGAUGCUGGAGAAAAAACAGUCUGGUGGUGUAAAUGAUGAUGAAAAAAAGAAGUCUGAAAAAACUAAUCCCGAGAGUAGUUCUUCAAAACUGGAACCUACUACAUCAUCAUCCUACAGUCAGCAGACCUGGCAAACAAAUCGGAUCCCAAACUUGGGUGUGAUGAGAAUGGCACCUCCAGGUGGUAUGAUGCCAGUUAUACCUGCAGUGAUACCGGGGAUACCACCACCUAUACCCCCUAUGAUGACACCCAUGAUACCAGGUAUGGUUCCUCCAGUAAAUGGAAUGAUUCCUUUGCCACCUGCACUGAGCCUGCCCCCAGUUCCAGCAAUGCCACCCCCUCCUCCAGGGAUGCCGCCAGUUCCAGCAAUGCCACCCCCACCACCAGACGUUAAAGGUGUGCCUGCUCCCCCUGGUAUUCCACUUGCACCAACUGUCCUGCCUCGUGUGGGUAUUCCAGCUCCACCCACUACUGGUGUAUUUAAUGCAACACCUCCUGUUACUACCACUGUUUCUGUUAGUACCAAUGUCAUCACAGGACCAGCUGUGUAUCAUCCUGCAGUUAUCAAGCCAUCUUUCCCUGUCGUUAGUCCAGUAAAUGUGCCAACUGAAAAUGCUCCUGUCAUCACAACAAAGCCAGAGAGUCAACCAGAAGAAGUCAAACCACUGUUUCCCAUCACAGAACAGGUACCCCCUGUACACUCUGCUCCUGUUGGAAUCGAUUUCAAGCCUUUGACCACUCCAGGACCCUCCAAAGAACCAUUAAAUGCUGCAAGCAGUCUUACCACAGAAAUUCCAAACAAAGCUGACAACUCAAAGCCUGUGAUCCUUGAUCCAUCUUCAAGCACUUCUAAUAUUGUGCACCCAACAGAGGACGUCUCCCUGGAAGAAUUCAGAGCUCAGAUUCCCAAGUAUAAGUGGGCUGGGACUUCACCUUGUAGAUCUGCUUCUCAAGAGCCAGCAGCAAACAAUGCUGUACCUUCUACAGGGGCAGUAGUGCAGCCUGUGUCUAACUUGGGUGCUUAUGGACCUUCUGUGCAGAACAACUACCCUCUCCCAGCAGGACAGUUUGUGUAUCCUUCUACAUAUCCUCCUUACCAAGCUGCUGCCCAGACAGUUAUGAGAACAUGAGACACAGGAGAUUUUGCUUGCCAUGAAACUGAAUGUACUGGAAAAGAUAAAUGACAAACUUGUGUGGAAGGGACAUUUUCUCCCUUCCUUUCCUAGGGAUAGAAUGGCAUACAUUACCGCUAUGUUUUGAUAAUUUUGAUUGUUUCCGGAAUUGGAAAGCAGGUGAAGCUGAAUAACCAUUUUCUUUUAGCGGGCCAAGGGAUUUAGGAAGAAUUACAGUUUAACCUAGUUUAACCAGUGUAAUGUUUAAGAAACUACAGAGUUGAAAUACUGAGGAUGCUGCUUUCUACACCUUCCCUCAUAUUAUCGUACAUUUUUCGGAUUUGAGUUCAGCGGUCAUAGCAGAUGAACCAGCCACAGUGUAUUCACUAAUGAAGACCCCCACAGCACAUGAACCAGAAUCAAAAGUAAAUUACAGCUUUCUGUGAGAAAUGCAGAUCGGAUUAUUUAUUCUAGAAGGAGCUUUUUCCUAUUCUCACUUUUAACAGUAACCAUUCAUUUUCUUGUUACAGCAGUGUGGACUGAAGAACUGAAGUAUAUUCUUUAGGAUUCCAUCACUGUGAGUCGCUUUGAGUAAGAAUGUAUUUAUAUGGUGUGUAUGUAGAUGAUUCUUGCUACUCUUUGUUUAAUUACAAUGCAGUUAUUUUACUGCCUGCUUCCCAAGUGCAUUUUUGGUUUUCUCCAUGUAUUUCCAGCAUAUGUAUGACCCUUCACUGUAAUUGUUGCUGGUGUACUCUGUACAUACUGACAUGUUUGCACAAAUUCUUUAAUAGUGUAUCAUUAAUAAUGGAAUAUCUUUAAUAGCUGAAAAAGGAACAGGGCUUGUGUGUUCAUAUCUGUGCUUUUAACUGUUGUGCUGCACCGCUUCCAUCCAUAUGUAAAUACAUGGGGUCAAUGCAUUUUGGAGUUUUAUCGUUUUUUUUGCAGAGAUGUGGUGUAGUGUUUCUUGAGGUUAAAUGGAGCAGCAGUUUGAGCAGUCUGGUAUUUUUAAUAAAAAGGCUUUCUGUGUCAUUUCUGUCAUUCUGCCUGUAUGUAACAAGUAUACAGAGAAUAAGAAAGAAAAUUUGCUUGAAAACUACAAAAUGUGUGGUCAGAUUAAAAAAACUUGAGAGAGCAUGACUUUGUGACCCCUAAAGUGUUUACAUGUAUGUGUCAUGAAUCUUGACCCACAAAAUUAUGUCUGUAGAACUGGAGUCAUCCAAAAUAGUAAAAAGAUGAUUGAAUGGUGCCCAGUAAAUGAAUGUUGCAGUUUACAUUAAAAAAGCUUCUUAUCUCA